AAUGAAUUCUGAAAAAGAUUUCCAAUAUGACAUUCAUGAUGUGUAAAAUAUUAAAACUGCCUUUUUGGAUUUAUAAUAGGAAGAGAGCACUGGAUUUAAAUUAGGAUUUGGUACUGCUAUAUUAUCUUACUUUGUAUUCAGAAGAUUUACAUAUUUAAGGACUGGACCCAGGUAAUACUAUUGAUUGCAUUAUUUAAGAUUUGUAGGAUCAAUGAUUCUAGGCUCAUAAGUGUAUGGUUUCUACACCCAUAGAUCUAGAGCAUAUUAUGAUUAUGUGGCACAAUAAGUAAAUUUGCAUGCAUCCGAAGCAAUCAAUCAAUGCCUAGGACAUUGACU